AUACACCGUCCCGCCCACGUGACGCGACAUGAUUCCAGCUUGUUCUCCGGGGUUGUUCCGCGAUUAGUAACAACAGCUGGCACCUGGAGCUAUCUAUCCUGUGCAGACAAGCUGCACUGACUUGUGUUUGUUGAGGUUAUCUUUGAUCCUGAACUGCUACAUAUCUUUAAUAAGUCUGUUAAAGCUCAUAUCUUGUAUUCAAGGAUAACGGUUGUAUGUAUGUCUGACUUCAAGAUCUCCGCUGCUCUGGAGGGCCAUGGCGAUGAUGUCCGUGCCGUAGCCUUUCCUAGUCCCAAUGUCGUACUUUCAGCUUCUCGAGAUGCGACCGUUCGACUCUGGAAGCUUGUUUCUACCCCGCCUCCAACGUACGACUAUACUAUCACCUCUCACGGUUCAGCAUUCAUCAACUCCUUAGCAUACUUCCCGCCAACACCUGCAUUCCCUGAGGGCCUUAUCUUAUCUGGGGGACAAGAUUCUAUCAUUGAAGCAAGACAGCCGAGUAACGUGGCUACUGACAAUGCAGACGCUAUGCUUCUGGGCCAUGCGCAUAAUGUGUGCUCAAUUGAUGUGUCGCCUGAAGGGGACUGGGUCGUAAGCGGCAGUUGGGAUGCUACUGCAAGAAUAUGGAAGGUUGGAAAAUGGGAAGCUGAAACUGUACUCGAAGGCCAUCAGGGCAGCGUGUGGACAGUGUUGGCGUAUGAUAAGGAUACUGUCAUUACUGGAUGUGCCGAUAAGCUGAUACGGGUGUGGAACACCUCUGGGGCUCUUCUGCGAACUAUCAAGGAUUCUCGCGAUGUCAUUAGAGCCCUAUGCAAGGUCCCCUCAUCCAAUCCGACUGGUGCGGAUUUUGCCUCGGCGAGUAACGAUGGUGUAAUCCGGCUUUUUAGCCUCCAGGGUACGGUUAUUGCUGAACUUCAUGGCCAUGAGAGCUUCAUUUAUUCCCUGGCCUCCUUACCAUCGGGCGAACUUGUUAGUUCCGGCGAGGACCGAACAGUAAGGGUGUGGAACGGGACCCAGUGCAUACAGACCAUCACUCAUCCUGCAAUCUCCGUGUGGAGUGUUGCCGCCUGCAAGGAUAAUGGUGAUAUUGUUACGGGUGCUAGCGACCGCGUCACUCGGAUCUUCAGCAGAGCGCCAGAGCGUCAGGCUGCUGUAGAAGUUGCGAAGCAGUUUGAAGAGGCCGUCAAGGAAUCUGCGAUUCCAGAACAGCAAGUGGGGAAAAUCAACAAGGAGAAACUCCCCGGUCCCGAAUUUCUUAAACAGAGAUCUGGUACGAAGGAAGGUCAAGUGCAAAUGAUCCGAGAAGCGGAUGGUAGUGUGACCGCACACACAUGGUCGAUAGCGACCCGGGAAUGGAUAGCCGUGGGUACGGUCGUUGACUCCGCAGGGAGCAGUGGUAGAAAGAUGGAGUAUCUUGGUCAAGACUAUGAUUAUGUCUUCGACGUGGACAUCGAAGAUGGAAAGCCUCCUUUGAAACUGCCCUACAAUAUCUCUCAGAACCCCUACGAAGCUGCGACCAAGUUCAUUCAAGAUAAUGAGCUGCCAAUGGGAUAUCUGGAUCAAGUUGCAAACUUCAUCGUCCAGAAUACGCAGGGCGCAACUAUUGGCCAGACAGCUCAUGAGACUCCAACAGGCGCUGACCCUUGGGGCCAAGAAAGACGUUAUCGCCCGGGAGAUGCGGCUAUUCCGCCUCCAUCACAGCCUGCUGUCCCUGACAUGCACCCAAAAGUACUUCCUCAGAAGUCCUACCUCUCGAUCAAGACCGCGAAUCUCAAAGUCAUUUCUAAGAAGUUACAAGAGCUGAACGCACAGCUUAUAACCGCAGGGUCGAAAGAUGUGUCACUUAGUCCUUCUGAUAUGACGACCAUUGUCUCCUUGUGCAGUCAACUAGAAUCUUCUCAACGACUGAAAGGUUCUCCAGUAGUUGAAGCCGGUGUUGGCCUGUUAUUCAGGGUUGCGACGCAGUGGCCUCCUUCCAACCGGUUACCUGGAUUGGAUCUUCUACGCCUUCUUGCCGCUGCAACCCCCCUAACAGCUACGUCGGAUUACAGUGGCCAGGAUCUUAUCUCCGGUAUUAUUUUGAGCGGCGUCUUCGGGGCGCCUCUUAACGUGAAUAACGCAAUGCUGACAAUUCGAAUGUUCGCAAAUCUAUUCGAGACAGAAGCUGGUCGUCAUCUGGCAGUGAGCCAAUUCGACAAAGUCAUUUCCGGUGUCAGCUCCGCGCUAGCUAAUGCUGCUAGUGCCCCGAAUGGGAACCUGACUAUUGCUUCGAUGACACUUUACAUAAAUUAUGCAGUCUUUUCGACGUCUGGUGGGAGAGAGACCACUCCCGAGUCUUCAGAACGGGCUCUAGCGCUACUGGACCAACUGACCAAGAUCCUCUCUUCCGAAAAAGACUCAGAAGCUAUUUACCGAGGUCUCGUUGCUCUAGGGACCCUGGUUAAGGUUCUUGGAGAGGAGGUGAAAAGUGCCGCGAAGGAUGUUUACGAUGUAGGGCAAAUACUCAGCAGGAUUUCAGGUGCCGGUCUUGGAAGGGAACCGAGAAUUAAGAGCGUCAUAGGGGAAAUCCGGGAGGCAUUGCCUUAGGAACUAGAUGAACUAUUUUUAUGAUCUCCCUUAUGACUGUCGAAAGUCUUGUUGACUAAAGCUAGAUAGCAAAGCCAAUAAGCAUAAUGACAAUACAAUCCAUAUCAGCG